AUCAAAUCCUAAUCCUCCAAAGUUCCCAAUUCUAAUUCCUUCUUCCACUUCCGCUCUUCCCUGCGAAUUGCGGUUCCCGUCCGAGUGUCCGACCGGCGACAACCUCCGGCGAGCGCGGCGACUGGCAGCAACAGGGAUGGCAAAAAUUAGAGAUAGAACUGAGGAUUUCAAAGACACUGUCCAUCGAUCAGCUGUGUCUCUGGGGUAUGAUGAGUCCAAAACAGCAGCCAUAUUAGCAUCCUUUAUCUUGCACAAACCUCGACAAAGAUCAUCUUUCACCAAAGCUGCACUGAAGACGUUAGAAAGCAUUGGAGUCCUGGAAGAAUUCUUGUUGAAACAUAAGAAGGAUUAUGUAGAUUUGUACCGCACAACUGAACAGGAAAGAGAUAGCAUUGAGCAUGAAGUCACCAUUUUCAUAAAAUCAUGCAAAGAGCAAAUAGAUGUUCUCAAAAAUAGUAUAAAUGAUGAUGAAGAAGCAAAGUCGAAGGGCUGGAUUGGAUUCAAGGGUGAUAAUUCGAAUGCUGAUACAGUAGCACACAAACAUGGGGUGGUUUUGAUUUUAAGCGAAAAGCUCCACUCUGUCUCAUCACAAUUUGACCACCUGCGAGCCUUGCGCUUCCAAGAUGCUAUUAACCGGGUAGCACCAAGAAGGAAACCAAGACGGACCGGCAAAAGUAGUACAUCAGAGAUAUCUACAUCUAGCAACUUAGACCAGAAGCAGCGGAGUGAUUCUGAGGACAGGAAUCCAAAUGAAUUGCGAUCUGAGCCUAUCAGAGUUCAGGAACAAUUUUUAGAUGAUGAAACACGUGCCCUCCAGGUAGAAUUGACUGGUCUUCUGGAUGCUGUUCAACAAACAGAAACAAAGAUGGUGGAAAUGUCUGCAUUGAACCAUCUCAUGUCCACACAUGUUCUGCAACAGGCCCAACAGAUAGAAUAUUUGUAUGACCAGGCAGUUGAAGCUACAAAGAAUGUAGAGCUUGGUAACAAAGAGUUAACAAAGGCCAUUCAACGGAACAGCAGUAGCAGGACUUUUCUUUUGCUCUUUCUGUUUGUACUUACAUUUUCAAUUCUUUUCCUUGAUUGGUAUAAUUAGUUGGAUGGUAAAUUAUGAGUCAUAUCCAAUCUAACACGAGGUCCUAUUCCCAUGUUCUUGGUGUUCGCAGUACGCGAUGUUAAUUAGUACAGUGAUAUUAAAAUGCCGAAAUACUAUAUUGUUUUUUAGUAACAGUACUUUUCUAUUUCAAAACAUCUAGAAC